AUGAGGUAUCUCAGCGUGGCCGUGGCGGCCUUGGGCCUGCUCACAGCCGGUGGUGAUACCACAUGCACGCCUCGCGACGCAUCCGCCACUCCCAGCGCCAGCCCUUAUGACGACUCAGAUUAUGUCAAGAACCCUCACUUCCUUAACCACCUCGAGUACUUCACAUCUACUGGACAAGUCAGCUGGAUCGAGAACGGCUGGAACGAAGAGGACAUUGGCGGUGGUGCCGCCCAAUUGGAGGGUGAAGCCAGCGGCGACGACGUUGAUGAGACCGAGUCUGUAAUUGAGAAGCGCCAGGUUACGAGCACAUCCAUCUCUACUACCGUCAAGAACCUGACUCCCAGAACCCCUUACACCUUCAAGUUCAGCUACAUGCUCCUCUCCGCCUCGCCUGCUAACAGCUGCCGUCUGAGAGCCUACUUUGCAAACAACAACUACUACAACAGUGACAAAUGGCCUCUUACCACCACCCCACAGACCACUUGGACUGUGAUCGCUGCAACGGUUACCCCAACCGCCUCUUCCGGAACCCUGACCAUCAGUGUUGAUUGCGCUGCCAAGGGCAAGGCUCAGAUCUGGGUUGACAACAUCAGCGUCACCAAGGGUGCUCUGGUUACUUCCACCACCAAGACGACCAGUACUACCUCAUCGGUUAUUCCCACCACCACCACCACCACAAAGCCUUCCACUACGACUACUCCGUCCACGACGACUACUCCGUCUUCCACGACUACUACGUCGACUACAACUACUACGUCUUCUACGACGACUCCUUCCACAACCAGCACUCCCUCCAGCAGCACUACUCCCAGCACCACUCCUAGCAGCACCCCGUCAUCUACCAGCACCAGCACCGCGGCUGCUUCCGCGACUGUCGACAGCACUGUCCUCGUUCUCGCCAAGGACGAGUCGACGGCUAAGCUUGGUAGCGAUGGACUGCUAGCCUACGGAAUCCCCUUCCAGCACCUCAUCGUGCCCCAGGCUGGUGUCGACCUGCCCGUCCUCAACGACACCCUCACCCACGGCAAGUUCGGCGGUAUCAUUGUCCUGAGUGCUGUUUCCUACGACUAUGGUACCGGUGUCGGCUGGCGCAGUGCUAUUACUGACGCCCAGUGGGCCACGAUAUAUGCCUACCAGAGCACCUUCAAUGUUCGCUUAGUCCGUAUUGACGAUUAUCCUGGACCCUCCACUGGGACUACCCCCGCUGCCGGAGGCUGCUGUGAUAGCACAGUCGACCAGAGAAUCUACUUCACCGACACCAGCUCCUUCCCCUCCGCUAAUCUGGUUACCAACGCGCAAGUCAUCACUACCGGCCUGUAUCACGUCCCUGCAAGCAUCACUGAUGCCUCAACCACUCGGCAGAUUGCUGCCUUCAGCGCUGUUUCUGGCAACGCUGGCGGUGUUGCUGCCGUUAUCAACAACUUCAACGGUCGUGAGCAGUUCGUCUGGUUCAUCAGCUGGGCUCCUUCUUGGUCCAUGACCUCUUCCUGGCUCCAGCACGCCCACAUCCACUGGAUGACCCGCGGUGUCUUUGUUGGCAAGCGUAAGAUCUAUCUGAACACCCAGAUCGAUGACGUCCAGCUCUCUACUGAGGUGUACUACCCCACUGGCAUUCCCGAGGUCAAGAUCACGACUGUUGAUCUCGAGGCCCAUGUGGACUGGCAGGUCAGCAUUAACUCACGCAUGCCUGCUGGCUCGGACUACUGGCUCGAGCUGGGACACAAUGGAAACGGUAAUCUUAUCAAUGCCACCAUUGGUGACACAAGGAGCAUCUGCAACCCUGAUGACGCCGUCUACUGGGACCUGGAUGUCCAAGCACCCCAGGAGUGGAGGAAACCUCUGGGAACUGGUACUGAUGUCUGGCCAGCGGACAAGGAGGUCUACUCGUGGUCGUCGACCUGCGCUCUCCUGGAUCCCUUCGGCAAGUGGUUCACCAACACUAAUAACCUCAACAAGUUUGGCCACAUUUCUCACACCUUUAGCCAUCUUAACUUGAACAACUGCACUUACCAUGACGCCAAGCGGGAGAUCCAGUUCAACCAAGCCUGGCUGAAGCAGAUCGGUAUUGACAAGGCCAAGCGUUUCACCGCAAACGGAAUCAUCCCUCCCCAGAUCACCGGUCUCUACAACGGUGACUCCCUCCAGGCUCUCACGGAUAAUGGCAUUCUCCACUGCGUUGGUGAUAACACCCGUCCCCAGACUCGCAAUCCGGACAGCGUCUACUGGCCUCUGAUUACCAACUUCGCCACCAACGGCUUUGCUGGCAUGGUCGUCAUCCCUCGCUUCGCUUCCCGUAUCUACUUCAAUUGUCACACCCCGAUGUGCACCCUGCUGGAAUGGAUCAACACAUCAGCUGGAACUGGCGACUUCAACAACUUGCUCAAGGUUGAGAGAGAGUCAUCGGUCCGAAACCUGCUUGCCCUCCAGUCCGACCCGUACAUGUUCCACCAGGCCAACAUGUAUACCACCGGAAACGAUAUCAUGACCAUCGGUGACCAGACCCGCCGCAUGUCGCUUGUGAUGGCCUGGACCGAGACUAUCGUCCAAGAGCUCUACCGUAUUACCUCUUGGCCUGUCAAGACUCAGACCCAGGCUGAGAUGGCCACCUACUUCCUCGCACGAAAGACCGUCGACGACUGCACCCCCAACCUGUCCUAUGUCUGGUCUCAGGACGGCAAGAGCCUCACGUCCGUCGUUGUCACUGCCAACGGCAAUACGUGUGUUUCCCCCAUCCCGGUCACCAUCCCUGCGGGCACCGUCACCGCCAGUGGCGGUAGCUUCACCCCUGAUGUCGUCGGCAAGGAGCCGCCCAUCAUGUGGGUUACCCUCAACGGAUCGCCCGUCACCUUGACCUUGGGCACCAAGGUCCCUGCCUCCUCCAACUCCACUACCUCCCCAUAA